CACAAUACAGCUCAUUGAUACAGACAUUUUGUUUUGACAGAAAGCAAAAAAAUGGCACAGCAAGAGCAGUCUGGCACUCUCAGGCCUGUGAGUGAUGAGAACACAGCCCACCACCGAGAAAACGAGGUCCUCUUCAGAAAGAACAGGGACCUUCAAAGACAGAAUGGGGAACUCCGUGAAAACAUUGAGGGCCUUCGUGAGAAAUUCAAGUACACCAGAAACAGCAAUAAAAGGGCCCUCCAAAUAGAGAACGAGGUGUUAUGCACUGAAAAUGCCACCCUCCGCAAAGACACUGACAUCCUGCACAGUGAAAAGAAGGCUCUGUGCAACGAAAUUGAGGAUGUUCGCAAACAGAACAAAGAGGUGCAGACUAAGUUAAAGGACUUAGAAAUUGAGAACAAGACUUUGCACCAAGAAAUAGAAGAACUGACCCUGAACAACACUCUGCAAAAAGAAGUUCAACGGCUAAAUAGAAGUCUGAAAGAACAGGAAGUCCUUCCUCUAUUGAAGCAAGAAAACCAGUCUUUGGGACAAAAAAUAAAUAGCUUGAAAGAGGACAUUCAAGAGAUGAACCGAAGGUUUCAAAAUGAAAAGGAUUCCAUGGCACAAGAACACCAGACUUUGCAAAGAGAUCUUCAGGAGGCCAAAGAAUUUGUGCACAAUUAUUAUAUGACGACACAGGAAAAUGAGUUUAUAAACCAACAAAAUCAUGCCCUGAAAGAGGAAGUCAAGGAGCUGAAAACAAAGGUGGGUAAGGGAGAAGAGGCCAUUCUUGAAAAGAAUACGGCUAUUCAAGAACAGGCUCAGGAGCUCAAAAGUAUUCUACAAGAACUCAAAGGCUUUGCACACAAUUAUAAUGAGAUGAGCCAAGAAAACGAGACCCUGAAAGAACAAAUCCAGGAGCUUACCAACAAGUUGCGUGACGGAGAAGAGGCCAUGAGACGUAACCAUGAGACUCUGCAACAAGAAGUGCAGGAGUUAAAAGACAUUCAGCAAGAACUUAAGGUUUUUGAGCACAAGUAUUACACAUUGAAAGAGGAGAAUGAGUCCACAAGCAAACAAAGGAACAUCCUGAACAAAGAGGUGCAGACUAAGUUAAAGGACUUAGAAAUUGAGAACAAGACUUUGCACCAAGAAAUAGAAGAACUGACCCUGAACAACACUCUGCAAAAAGAAGUUCAACGGCUAAAUAGAAGUCUGAAAGAACAGGAAGUCCUUCCUCUAUUGAAGCAAGAAAACCAGUCUUUGGGACAAAAAAUAAAUAGCUUGAAACAGGAGAUUCAAGAGAUGAACCGAAGGUUUCAAAAUGAAAAGGAUUCCAUGGCACAAGAACACCAGACUUUGCAAAGAGAUCUUCAGGAGGCCAAAGAAUUUGUGCACAAUUAUUAUAUGACGACACAGGAAAAUGAGUUUAUAAACCAACAAAAUCAUGCCCUGAAAGAGGAAGUCAAGGAGCUGAAAACAAAGGUGGGUAAGGGAGAAGAGGCCAUUCUUGAAAAGAAUACGGCUAUUCAAGAACAGGCUCAGGAGCUCAAAAGUAUUCUACAAGAACUCAAAGGCUUUGCACACAAUUAUAAUGAGAUGAGCCAAGAAAACGAGACCCUGAAAGAACAAAUCCAGGAGCUUACCAACAAGUUGCGUGACGGAGAAGAGGCCAUGAGACGUAACCAUGAGACUCUGCAACAAGAAGUGCAGGAGUUAAAAGACAUUCAGCAAGAACUUAAGGUUUUUGAGCACAAGUAUUACACAUUGAAAGAGGAGAAUGAGUCCACAAGCAAACAAAGGAACAUCCUGAACAAAGAGGUGCAGACUAAGUUAAAGGACUUAGAAAUUGAGAACAAGACUUUGCACCAAGAAAUAGAAGAACUGACCCUGAACAACACUCUGCAAAAAGAAGUUCAACGGCUAAAUAGAAGUCUGAAAGAACAGGAAGUCCUUCCUCUAUUGAAGCAAGAAAACCAGUCUUUGGGACAAAAAAUAAAUAGCUUGAAACAGGAGAUUCAAGAGAUGAACCGAAGGUUUCAAAAUGAAAAGGAUUCCAUGGCACAAGAACACCAGACUUUGCAAAGAGAUCUUCAGGAGGCCAAAGAAUUUGUGCACAAUUAUUAUAUGACGACACAGGAAAAUGAGUUUAUAAACCAACAAAAUCAUGCCCUGAAAGAGGAAGUCAAGGAGCUGAAAACAAAGGUGGGUAAGGGAGAAGAGGCCAUUCUUGAAAAGAAUACGGCUAUUCAAGAACAGGCUCAGGAGCUCAAAGUAUUCUACAAGAAC